GCAAAUCAUUGCUUGACAUUAUAUUAAAAUAGAAGAUAACUGUGAUCAGAGACUUUCCUUCACAGAAUUAAAAUGUUUUCAAAUGAUGAUAUUUCUAGAGUUGGUUUAAUGGGUGUAAAGAAAGCUGCUGUGUUGGCAUUGGAUAGAAUGGUUAAAAAAUUAAAUAUCAUUCAAGCAACCUGAUAAUUUUAUUUUCUUCUGUAUUUCAGGGUUUCGAAAAAACGAUGAAAUGAAAGCUAUGGAUGUUUUGCCAAUUUUAAAGGAAAAAGUUGCAUACCUUUCAGGUGGCAGAGAUAAGCGUGGAGGUCCCAUCUUAACGUUCCCCGCCCGCAGCAAUCAUGACAGAAUACGACAGGAGGACCUCAGGAGACUCAUUUCCUAUCUAGCCUGUAUCCCUAGUGAAGAAGUCUGCAAGCGAGGCUUCACGGUGAUCGUGGACAUGCGUGGGUCCAAGUGGGAUUCCAUCAAGCCUCUGCUGAAGAUCCUGCAGGAGUCCUUUCCCUGCUGCAUUCACGUUGCACUGAUAAUCAAGCCAGACAACUUUUGGCAGAAACAGAGGACUAAUUUUGGCAGCUCUAAAUUUGAAUUUGAGACAAACAUGGUCUCUUUAGAAGGCCUCACCAAAGUAGUUGAUCCUUCUCAGCUAACUCCCGAGUUCGACGGCUGCUUAGAGUACAACCAUGAAGAAUGGAUUGAAAUCAGAGUGGCUUUUGAAGAUUACAUUAGCAAUGCAACCCACAUGCUGUCCCGGCUGGAGGAGCUUCAGGACAUCCUGGCCAAGAAGGAGUUGCCUCAGGACCUGGAAGGGGCUCGGAACAUGAUCGAGGAACACUCUCAGCUGAAGAAGAAGGUGGUUAAGGCCCCCAUAGAGGACUUGGACUUAGAGGGACAGAAGCUGCUCCAGAGGAUCCAGAGCAGCGACAGCUUUCCCAAAAAGAACUCGGGCUCCGGCAAUGCGGACCUGCAGAGCCUCCUCCCCAAGGUGUCUGCCAUGCUGGACCGGCUGCACUCGACGCGGCAGCAUCUGCAUCAGAUGUGGCACGUGCGGAAGCUGAAGCUGGACCAGUGCUUUCAGUUGAGGCUGUUUGAACAGGAUGCCGAGAAGAUGUUUGACUGGAUCACACACAACAAGGGCCUGUUUCUGAACAGCUAUACUGAGAUUGGGACCAGCCACCCUCAUGCAAUGGAGCUUCAGACGCAGCACAACCACUUUGCUAUGAACUGUAUGAACGUGUAUGUCAACAUAAACCGGAUUAUGUCAGUGGCCAGUCGCUUGGUGGAGUCCGGCCACUACGCCUCUCAGCAGAUUAAGCAGAUUGCCAAUCAGCUGGAGCAGGAGUGGAAGGCAUUUGCUGCAGCGCUGGACGAGCGCAGCACCCUGCUGGACAUGUCCUCCAUCUUCCACCAGAAGGCUGAAAAGUAUAUGAGCAACGUGGACUCGUGGUGUAAGGCCUGCGGCGAGGUGGACCUGCCCUCAGAGCUGCAGGACCUGGAGGACGCCAUUCACCACCACCAGGGGAUAUAUGAGCACAUCACCCUGGCUUAUUCCGAGGUGAGCCAGGACGGGAAGUCGCUCCUCGACAAGCUCCAGCGGCCCUUGACUCCUGGCAGCUCCGAUUCCCUGACAGCCUCUGCCAACUACUCCAAGGCCGUGCACCAUGUGCUCGACGUCAUCCACGAGGUGCUGCACCACCAGCGGCAGCUGGAGAACAUCUGGCAGCACCGCAAGGUGCGGCUCCACCAGCGGCUGCAGCUGUGUGUUUUCCAGCAGGACGUCCAGCAGGUGCUGGAUUGGAUUGAGAACCAUGGGGAAGCAUUUCUGAGCAAACACACAGGUGUGGGGAAGUCUCUUCAUCGCGCCAGAGCUUUGCAGAAACGGCAUGAAGAUUUUGAAGAAGUAGCACAGAACACAUACACCAACGCGGACAAAUUACUGGAAGCCGCAGAGCAGCUGGCGCAGACGGGGGAAUGUGACCCCGAAGAGAUUUAUCAGGCUGCCCAUCAGCUCGAAGACCGGAUACAGGAUUUCGUGCGGCGUGUCGAGCAGCGGAAGAUCCUGCUGGACAUGUCAGUGUCCUUUCACACGCACGUGAAGGAGCUGUGGACAUGGCUGGAGGAGCUGCAGAAGGAGCUGCUGGACGACGUGUACGCCGAGUCGGUGGAGGCGGUGCAGGACCUCAUCAAGCGCUUCGGCCAGCAGCAGCAGACGACCCUGCAGGUGACCGUCAACGUGAUCAAGGAAGGGGAGGACCUCAUCCAGCAGCUGAGGGACUCUGCCAUCUCCAGCAACAAGACCCCCCACAACAGCUCCAUCAGCCACAUCGAGACGGUGCUGCAGCAGCUGGACGAGGCCCAGGCCCAGAUGGAGGAGCUGUUCCAGGAGCGCAAGAUCAAGCUCGAGCUCUUCCUGCAGCUGCGCAUAUUCGAGAGGGACGCCAUCGACAUCAUCUCAGACCUUGAGUCCUGGAACGAUGAGCUCUCUCAGCAAAUGAAUGACUUUGACACGGAAGAUCUCACGAUAGCCGAACAGCGCCUCCAGCACCACGCAGACAAGGCGCUGACCAUGAACAACCUGACCUUUGAUGUCAUCCACCAAGGGCAAGACCUUUUGCAGUAUGUCAACGAGGUGCAGGCCUCUGGCGUGGAGCUGCUUUGCGAUAGAGACGUAGACAUGGCCACGCGGGUCCAGGACUUGUUGGAGUUUCUUCACGAGAAGCAGCAGGAACUGGACCUGGCGGCAGAGCAGCAUCGGAAGCACCUGGAGCAGUGCGUGCAGCUUCGCCACCUGCAGGCAGAAGUGAAACAGGUGUUGGGCUGGAUCCGCAACGGCGAGUCGAUGUUGAACGCAGGACUGAUCACAGCCAGCUCGCUGCAGGAGGCGGAGCAGCUGCAGAGGGAGCACGAGCAGUUCCAGCAUGCCAUCGAGAAAACACACCAGAGUGCGCUGCAGGUGCAGCAGAAGGCGGAGGCCAUGCUGCAGGCCAACCACUACGACAUGGAUAUGAUCAGGGACUGCGCCGAGAAGGUGGCCUCGCACUGGCAGCAGCUCAUGCUCAAGAUGGAAGACCGCCUCAAGCUCGUGAACGCGUCCGUCGCCUUCUACAAAACCUCGGAGCAGGUGUGCAGUGUCCUUGAGAGUUUGGAGCAGGAGUACAAGAGGGAAGAGGACUGGUGCGGAGGAGCCGACAAACUGGGCCCCAAUUCCGAGACUGAUCACGUCACCCCAAUGAUCAGCAAGCACCUCGAACAAAAGGAAGCAUUCCUGAAGGCCUGCACACUUGCUAGAAGGAAUGCAGACGUCUUCCUGAAGUACCUACACAGGAACAGUGUGAACAUGCCGGGAAUGGUCACGCACAUCAAAGCCCCUGAGCAGCAAGUGAAGAAUAUCUUGAAUGAACUCUUCCAGCGGGAGAACAGGGUAUUGCAUUACUGGACCAUGAGAAAGAGGCGGCUGGACCAGUGCCAGCAGUACGUGGUCUUUGAACGAAGUGCCAAGCAGGCUCUAGAAUGGAUCCAUGACAACGGGGAGUUCUACCUGUCCACUCACACGUCCACGGGUUCAAGCAUUCAGCACACCCAGGAGCUGCUGAAGGAGCACGAGGAGUUUCAGAUAACCGCUAAGCAAACCAAAGAGAGGGUGAAGCUAUUGAUACAGCUGGCCGAUGGCUUUUGUGAAAAGGGGCAUGCCCACGCGGCAGAGAUAAAGAAAUGUGUCACUGCCGUGGAUAAGAGGUACAGAGAUUUCUCUCUGCGGAUGGAGAAGUACAGGACCUCUUUGGAGAAAGCCCUGGGGAUUUCCUCAGAUUCCAACAAAUCGAGUAAAAGUCUUCAGCUAGAUAUCAUUCCAUCCAGCAUCCCUGGGUCGGAGGUGAAGCUGCGGGACGCUGCUCACGAGCUGAACGAGGAGAAGCGGAAGUCCGCCCGCAGGAAAGAGUUCAUCAUGGCCGAGCUAAUUCAGACUGAAAAGGCUUACGUGAGAGAUCUCCGAGAGUGUAUGGAUACCUACCUGUGGGAAAUGACCAGCGGGGUGGAGGAGAUCCCGCCGGGCAUCAUGAACAAAGAGCUCAUCAUCUUUGGGAACAUGCAGGAGAUCUACGAGUUCCAUAACAACAUAUUCCUGAAGGAGCUGGAAAAAUACGAGCAGUUACCAGAGGAUGUUGGGCAUUGCUUUGUCACUUGGGCAGACAAGUUUCAGAUGUAUGUUACUUACUGCAAAAAUAAGCCUGAUUCUACGCAGCUGAUACUAGAGCACGCAGGAUCCUAUUUUGAUGAGAUACAGCAGCGCCACGGGUUAGCCAAUUCCAUCUCCUCCUACCUUAUUAAACCAGUUCAGCGGAUAACCAAGUACCAGCUCCUCUUAAAGGAGCUCCUCACGUGCUGUGAGGAAGGCAAAGGGGAGAUUAAAGAUGGCCUGGAGGUAAUGCUCAGUGUGCCCAAGCGGGCCAACGAUGCCAUGCACCUCAGCAUGCUGGAAGGGUUUGAUGAAAAUAUUGAGUCUCAGGGAGAACUCAUCCUGCAGGAAUCCUUCCAAGUGUGGGACCCAAAAACCUUAAUUCGAAAGGGUCGAGAACGGCACCUCUUCCUUUUUGAAAUGUCCUUGGUCUUCAGUAAAGAAGUGAAAGAUUCCAGCGGGAGAAGCAAGUACCUUUAUAAAAGCAAAUUGUUUACCUCAGAGUUGGGUGUCACAGAACAUGUUGAAGGAGAUCCUUGCAAAUUUGCACUGUGGGUGGGGAGGACGCCAACUUCAGAUAAUAAAAUUGUCCUUAAGGCUUCCAGCAUAGAAAACAAGCAGGACUGGAUAAAGCACAUCCGGGAGGUGAUCCAGGAGAGGACUAUCCACCUGAAAGGCGCCCUGAAGGAGCCCAUUCACAUCCCCAAGACAGCCCCGGCCACGAGGCAGAAGGGCAGGAGGGACGGAGAAGAUCUGGACAGCCAAGGCGAUGGCAGCAGCCAGCCUGAUACAAUUUCAAUCGCCUCCCGGACGUCUCAGAACACCCUGGACAGUGAUAAGCUCUCUGGAGGCUGCGAGCUGACAGUUGUGAUCCACGACUUCACGGCCUGCAACAGCACCGAGCUGACCAUCCGCCGCGGCCAGACCGUGGAGGUGUUGGAGCGGCCCCAUGACAAGCCCGACUGGUGUCUGGUGCGGACCACCGACCGGUCCCCUGCGGCAGAAGGCCUGGUCCCCUGCGGCUCUCUGUGCAUCGCCCACUCAAGGAGCAGCAUGGAAAUGGAGGGCAUCUUCAACCACAAAGACUCACUCUCCGUCUCCAGUAACGAUGCCAGCCCGCCUGCCUCUGUGGCCUCCCUUCAACCCCACAUGAUGGGGGCUCAGAGCUCCCCGGGCCCCAAGCGCCCGGGCAACACGCUGCGCAAGUGGCUGACGAGCCCGGUGCGGCGGCUGAGCAGCGGCAAGGCCGACGGGCACGUGAAGAAGCUGGCGCACAAGCACAAGAAGAGCAGGGAGGUCCGCAAGAGCGCCGACGCCGGCUCGCAGAAGGACUCGGACGACAGCGCGGCCACCCCGCAGGACGAGACCGUCGAAGAGAGGGGCCGGAACGAGGGCCUGAGCAGCGGCACGCUCUCCAAGUCCUCGUCCUCGGGCAUGCAGAGCUGUGGAGAGGAAGAAGGGGAGGAGGGCGCCGACGCCGUGCCCCUGCCGCCGCCCAUGGCCAUCCAGCAGCACAGCCUGCUCCAGCCGGACUCGCAGGACGACAAGGCCUCUUCUCGGUUAUUAGUCCGCCCCACCAGCUCCGAAACGCCGAGUGCAGCCGAGCUUGUCAGUGCAAUUGAGGAACUCGUGAAAAGCAAGAUGGCACUGGAGGAUCGUCCCAGCUCCCUCCUAGUUGACCAGGGAGACAGUAGCAGCCCCUCCUUCAACCCGUCAGACAAUUCCCUUCUCUCCUCGUCCUCGCCGAUCGAUGAGAUGGAAGAGAGGAAGUCCAGCUCCCUAAAGAGGCGGCACUAUGUUUUGCAAGAAUUAGUGGAGACAGAACGUGACUAUGUGCGCGACCUCGGCUAUGUGGUGGAGGGCUACAUGGCACUUAUGAAAGAAGAUGGUGUUCCUGAUGACAUGAAGGGGAAAGACAAGAUUGUGUUUGGCAACAUCCAUCAGAUUUAUGACUGGCACAGAGACUUUUUUUUAGGAGAGUUGGAGAAGUGCCUUGAAGAUCCAGAAAAGCUAGGAUCCCUUUUUGUGAAACAUGAGAGAAGGUUGCACAUGUACAUAGUUUAUUGUCAAAAUAAACCAAAGUCUGAGCACAUUGUCUCAGAAUACAUUGAUACCUUUUUUGAGGACCUAAAGCAGCGCCUUGGCCAUAGGUUGCAACUCACAGAUUUGUUAAUCAAACCGGUGCAGAGAAUUAUGAAGUACCAGCUGUUACUGAAGGACUUCCUCAAGUAUUCCAAAAAAGCCAGCCUGGAUACAUCAGAACUAGAGAGAGCCGUGGAAGUCAUGUGCAUAGUGCCAAAGCGGUGCAACGACAUGAUGAACGUCGGACGGCUGCAAGGAUUCGAUGGUAAAAUUGUUGCCCAGGGCAAGCUGCUCUUACAGGACACGUUCUUGGUCACAGACCAAGAUGCAGGGCUUCUGCCUCGCUGCAAAGAGAGGCGGGUUUUCCUCUUCGAGCAGAUCGUCAUUUUCAGUGAGCCACUGGACAAGAAGAGGGGCUUCUCCAUGCCAGGGUUCCUGUUCAAGAACAGCAUCAAGGUGAGUUGCCUUUGCCUAGAAGAAAACGUGGAAAAUGAUCCCUGUAAAUUUGCUCUGACAUCGAGGACGGGUGACGUGGUGGAGACCUUCGUUUUGCAUUCAUCCAGUCCGAGUGUCCGGCAAACAUGGAUCCAUGAAAUCAACCAAAUUUUAGAAAACCAGCGCAACUUUUUAAAUGCCUUGACAUCACCAAUCGAGUAUCAGAGGAACCACAGCGGGGGCAGCGGAGGUGGGGGCAGUGGAGGCGGGGCCCCCAGCGUUGGCAGUGGUGGCAGCAACCACAGCAGUGGCCCCAGCAGCUGCAGCGGCCUCCCCAGCUCAAGCAGAAGCAGACCCUCCCGGAUCCCCCAGCCUGUCCGACACCACUCCCCUGUGCUGGUCUCCUCUGCAGCCUCAAGCCAGGCAGAGGCAGACAAGAUGUCAGGUAUGUCCACUCCCGGCCCUUCACUGCCUCCUCCCAGCAGCAGCCUCACCCUGGAGGCCGGCCCCAGCCAGCUCAGCAGGCACCCCUCCAGCGGCCAGUCCGAAGGUCCAGAGAGAGAAGCGGAGCAGAUCCCCAAGAUGAAGGUGAUUGAGAGCCCCAGGAAGUCCACUGGGAACACUGCAGGUGCCAACCAGGAUGGAAAUGCCAAGGAGGCACGGGCCCACCCAGAGGACGGCCGCUCGCGGGGUAGCCUGGGCUCCCUGCCCCUGGGAAAGCCCAGGCCCGGGGCUGUCUCGCCGCUGAACUCUCCUCUCUCCACCAUGUUCCCUUCUCCACUGGGCAAGGAGCCCUUUCCCCCCAGCAGCCCCCUGCAGAAGGGGGGCUCCUUCUGGAGCUCCAUUCCCGCCUCCCCCGCCAGCCGGCCGGGCUCCUUCACCUUCCCAGGGGACAGUGACUCCCUCCAGCGGCAGGCGCACCGCCACUCAGCGCCCAGCAAGGACACAGACCGCAUGAGCACGUGCUCCUCGGCCAGUGAGCAGUCCGUGCAGUCCACCCAGAGCAAUGGGCAUUUUUGACUCAUCUGCUGAAAAUAAAGCCCUCAAGAAAACUUCCAGCAGCUUCUCAAAGCAAACUAAGCUGACAAAAUGGGGGGAAGGAAUCUCUCCAGUGGAAAUAUUUGCUCCCCCCACAGUUUCACUCUGGAAGAGAGAGACUGCUUUAGGGCUUCUGCAGAUGGGGCUCCUGCCAGCAGCUGGAGCAGAGGCCAAGGAGGCUGGCGUGGGAGCGUGUCGGCAUUCUGUCCAGCAGGGGGCGCAAUGCGGACUGCAGCGCUCCGGGCCUCCUCACCCUCAUUUUGCCUGUCACCUCUGUUGUGAUCUCAAGCAGAAGGGUUGCUGUGGUGGGUUUUCCCCCCAUUUUGUGGCCUCACUCCUACCCAACUGAUUCCUACACAGUAGAGGAGGGCCUGACCCUUAACACCUUCCUGAAGGCAUGCGUGAGGGGAUACAACUGUUCUAAUGAGUGUAUGUUUGAUUGCUUUAUAAAUUUUUAAAUACAUUUCCCUAAAAGGGUGUGUGUCUCUCUUUAUAAAAAAGAAAAUCUGGCUUAUGCAUGUCUGUCUCUCCUCUGAACUUCUGUUAAUUCCUGUUCGGGUCGACUUGCCUUAUCCUUUCCUCCUAUUUGUUGUUAUGUAUUUUGUGAAGCUCUGUAUUUAAUUGAGGAAGAUGUUAGGAAAUGGGUCUUGGUACAUUUAUUUACCCUGAGUCUUAUUCUCGAACACAAGUGGUCGGGCAGGCAUCCUCUGCAGUGGCCAUCGCCAGUAUCCGUGUCACGGGCACCUUCCCGCGUCCUGCAGAGUACUGGGCCCCGUUGUCAGGUCUGCAGUGCUCCGUAUGCAGGUGAGCGUCAGAACGCGCUCGGUCUCCGCCGGAGGAGAAGGUGCAGAGGGCCCAGUGAUGCGCCUCGUUGAACACUCAGGUGCAGCCUGUCUCACAGCUGUGACCGCUAAGAAAUCAGCCAGGGAGCAGCACGUGAGCCCAUCUUCUGCGUGGGCUCCUCACUUUCCCCUAAGCACCCAAGAGUUCUCUGAGCCUGUGUUUCAGAAUGAACGCCCAGGGGCUCCAGCUCAGGAGCCUGUGCUGGUCUCUGGGUGCCCGUGAUGCCCACGCACAGUGGCACCACCCGGCUCCCUCCCGGGUGUUCACUCUGAGACAAAGGCACCGUCACGUGUGGCACAUCAUCAUCCAGCCCGGCGUAGGCUGCAAAAGUUGCCUCUUCUGCCUCGCACUUUUUUUAUGUGGCAGGUAACAUGGAAAUUUUGGUGAGUUGAUAAAUGAGAAUGCCUUACAGAAACAAGAGGCCUCAGGUGAGGAUUUGGCCCCUGGACUCAAAUAUUUCAGUUAAAAGGAAUCGUUGCCCGGCCCCUUGGCUGGUUGGCAGCUGUCUCCUUCCUCUUGACCACUUCUGUGGAGCUGUCUGCGGUCACAGCCAAGCAGUUGUGCCUAACCCAUGUCCCAGGUUCUACUUCCUCCUCUAUCUGGGCACCUUCUGGAAAGUUCUGCAGAGAACAGGGAUGGGUGCGCCAGCCCCCAAGUGUGGAUGCACAGCCUCCCUGCAUGCGCCCACCUUGGCAGCAGUAGAAGCGCGGCCCUGCCUUUCUCAGGCCAGGUGACGCGUGCGGACCCCGAACCUCCCGCUCCGUGAGGGUGAUGAUGCUGCCCACUGGCGAGGUGGUUGAGAGUAAAAUUAGAUGGAUUUUAGAUGCCUAAUACUUAGCCUGGUAAUAGGAAGUAUUCAGAAAAUACCAAUAGCUAUUAUGAUUGUGGGAAAAUACUCAAAUUAUGAGAGGCAGCUGUGCCACAGAGGUUGCUUUUUGUUUAUGUUUUGUAGUAAAUUUGGCUUUUUAAUCCCAAAACUAUUGACUGUUGCUAUAUAAUCCAGAACACUAAGAUACACACUAAAAGGAUAAAACUGUAUAAAUGAGUAUGCACAGGCCAGAGCUCAGCAAGGACAGCGCAGGCUUCGGUGAGGGGCAGGAACUCACAGCAGUGCCCUCGAUGAGACAGGAGUGACAGCUCGGCCCUCCAGUGUGUUCCAUUUAAACAUCCCCACGGUCUAGAUUCAGAGCCUGGCCCCCGGAUUUCCAGUGUGCUGGCUGGUUGACAGCGGUCAGCCAUCUGCCCCGGCCAUCCCGACAGUAGCCCAGGACUGACAGGCGUGUGGCAGGGUUGUCUGACAGUCACAUCUGCACUGACCCAGGAUCUGUCCCAGGCAUCCAAGAGCCCAGCAGAGGCCCAGGGAUCCACGCACGUCUAGACGGCAUCAUUGGUAGAAGCCUCUGAGAACAGGCCAACGGGAGCAGGGCACCCGGUGCCUUCCCCAUGUCCCCACUCUUGAUAGAGGGAGUUGAGCAGGAUAUAGCUCAGCAUUUGGCAGUGGUCUCAGCUCCCUCCUCCUACUCCCCUGGAAUAAAUAGGUCACUUGGUAGAUGACAGCCUGGGACAAAUGACAAAUACUGCCGUUUUGUCUCCUACUUGCCAGCCAGUACCACUCAGCUUGUGGGCCCGGGUAGGUGGCCUUCAGAAAUUAUCGUCGUCUUACUUUUGCCGCCUUGCCUCAUUGACUGAGUUACUGAAUGCGUAUCGAGUGCCUCCUGCGUGUCAGUCGCGGUACUGGACACUGAAGAAGACACAGUAGUGACCCCAGGAGAUCGGGUGCUGCUGGGCUGCAGGAUAAGUGUGGGAUCGGCUUUCACUGGCGAGGGUCUGUUCCCGAAGCUUCAGUCUCAUGGCGGCCAGCGGUGGUCAGAGAUCUUCUGUGGUAUUGUGUUCACGCGGCAGUGCCUUUGGGACACCUGAAUCGUGAGGCUCAGGCAGUGAGCUGAAGGGCUGCUGUUGACAGCUCUUAAUAACGCUUUUUAAAUGAGCAUGGUGGUCACAGUGGCAUUCCUGUGACGUAGGGGUAACGAGUGUGGCAUGAACACGAGACCUGAGCCGUUCCUCUGAAGGUGCAAGGAGUCGGGGCUAAAACGGACUGAAAUAAAAGUUUCCAAAUGCAAAGUGUCAUAUUGCACUGAUUUUUUUUUUUAGAUUGUUCCUAAAUUGCUUUCUAGAGAAACUCUGGCUUUCAGUUAUUGAAAAAGCACAAAGGUAGCUAAAGAGAGUCCCGCGUGUGGUGAGCCGUGCCCUGACCCACGCUGACGAGCGAGUUCACGUUACCAGCCUCAUUUCAGGUCCCCUCUGCC